AUGAACCCAAGUUUUGAUGAAUUUGACCAAGAACUAAAGAAAUUUUCUGGAUUUAUGAUGCCCGAUAAUGUCAGAAACUCUGUUUCUGCAGCACUUAAAGAAAUAAAUGAUCCAGAAUUCAUUAUUCCAGUCGAUUCUUCAAAAUCAUCAAUCAUACAAGCAUUUUCAGACAUAUUGAAGACAAAGAAGACUGCAAAGUUAUCAAAUCCGCUUGUAUGUAUCAUGUGCGUUCUUUUAUCAAAUUAUUUUAUUCGAGAUGAUGCAGCUACGCAAAUUGUACGAAUUAUUGAAGGUAAUUUGAACUCAAUGGAUCAAAAUACAUCACUUAAAGUCAUUCAAUUAACUACAUCUAUAUUCCAAGAUCAUAUUUACGGUGCAACAACAUUGCAAUCAAUAUUUUCAAUUGUUUUGAACUUCAGCAACUCACAAGAUACAGUAGUAUGCACAUCCGCACGUGCUGCUGUUGAACAAUUGUUAAAACAGUUUAAUACAGCAAUAUUCCAAUCAAAAAACAACAUUGUUACAGAAUUAAAGCGCGAAAUCGAUAUAUCGCUUUCACUAGUUGAAGAAAUACCUAAAACUAUUGAGAAACACACAGAAAAAUUAGCUUAUGUAUUUUAUCGCGAUUUAAUACAACUUUGUGCACAUAACAAACCAUAUUGGCUUCGAUUAGAGUUUCUACAUCAAGAUUUCGCCUUCUAUUUGCUUCAAAACAUCAUAAUUACGAAUUUUUAUACAAAUUUAUUCCAAGAAACACUCAAAAUCGCCAUUUCCCAGAAAGCACCCAUCGACUUUUUUGUUACUAUCUUCGAAAAAUACAUCAAAAAGGCCCCUUCCCAGGCAAUAAUAAUCGUAAAUUCGUUUUUGAACGAUUUAGUACCAAAAGGAGUCGAUGCCGAACGUCCGAUGAAGUUCUUCUUGUUGUCAUUCACGAGAUCAGUCAACAUUAUCCCUCUUUUCCUGAGUAAUUGCGAUAGAAAUGCGAAUAUCUUGACAUCGAUCAUCAGAAAUCUGAAACCGUUUUGCGAUUCAUUUAUUGGGGACACAAAAUUCGACAUUUCUAUAUCGGCAAAAGUGGCCGGAAAAUUAAAUGGCACAGAAUUGUUCCAAUCCGGGCCCGUAGACAUUGCCAUUUCGUUUAUUCAGACGUCAUAUAAGAUAAAGAAUGAUAAUAUCAAGAAAUUGAUCCAAAGUUGUUGGAAUGAUUUACUUAUGAUUAUUUCGAUUUCACUUCCAUUCAUAACUGAUGAGUGCAUUUACUUGAGUAUCCAAUCAUUAACAUUUCUGAUCAUGCUUUCCAACGAAUUAAACAUUGAUGACGCAAGAAUAUCCGUAUCUUGCACUUUUUGUACAUGUUUAGCCAGUUCUCAGUCGUUCAUUCAAACGGCGACCUUCGAAACUGUUACAAGUCUGAUAGAAAAUGCUCCUUCUUCGUUUGUAGGAAAUUGGGGAAAAAUCUUUCAGGCUUUGAUACCUUCUAACUGGAUCCCUGAUACAGGAAUAUUCUCUACGAAGCUAAACGACGACCAAGUCAUCGAAGUUGUCCUCGCAUUGUUAAGUAUUAACACAGAUUCAAAGAAAUGGCCAUUAGCGUUCAUCGUUAAGAUACUCUGCUCAAACAAACACAGAUUCCAUAUCAUUUGGCAAUCCCUUGAAGGUUAUUUGCUCUUAUUAUUAGAUGACCAUCAAACGACCAACGAAGCAUUGAAUACUUUCGUUAGUUUGUUACAAGAAGACUUUACAAAGGAAACAGAAGAAGAUUUACUAAUAACUUUGGAAAGAUUAUUCGCCGGUAGAAGAAAACUCGAAGUCCAAGGUCGAUCCGUACUUCUCGACCAGAUCAAAGCCAUUCUCGCUCAAAAAGGAACAAUAAUAAAACACGGUUGGCCGUAUUUGAUCAACGCAUUGAGUCCGAAAAACUUCCAGGACGAAGAGGACAUUCUUGCCAUGUCAUUCCGAUGCGUACAAAUCAUUUGCGGUGAUCUGUUGUUCCUUUUGGACAUAGAAACCAAAUUAUUAUCGACAAAUCUCUUUUUCGAAUUCGCUUUGCAGACCACUGAUAUCAAUAUCGCAUUGUCCGCAUUCGAAUUAAUGUGGUCAGUAAUAGCAAUGGCGAAAACUUCCGAAAUGUGGAGAUUAAUUUUUAGUAAAUUGGUUUCUCUGAUAAAAGAUCAGCGAAAUGAUGUAGCUCUAUGCGCUGCUCGUACUUUCUUUUCGUUGAUUAUGAGUAAUAUUAAUAGUUUGCCUGAUGAUGUAGUUGAAUUUAUUCCAAAUGACUGUUUCUUCCCGAUUUUGAACGGUUUCCCUCAAGCAAACCAAGCAACAGAGUCAACAGAACAACUCGUACUGUACGAAUUGGCUCAUGUUGCUCGUGCAAUGUGGGAUAAAUUUUCUCAUAUUGAAAAUUUUCCGGUAGACUUCAUCAGAGCGUUAAUUAAACAGCAGGAGACAUUUUUCCAGCAGAUAAAGAAGAGGGAUGUCGCUUGCCAGGCCUUGCAAUUCUAUGAAGAAAUUUUGAUGACGAAAGAAUUGAGCAAAGAAACGAGAGAUUACUUAAUGGACUCUCUAGAAGUAAUCGCGAAGUAUUCUAUAGACAAGUACGAUGCUAACAAUGGUGUUUGGACGUCUUGGGGAAGAGUUAUUCAAAAUACUUUGCCAGGAUCUAAGGAACUAGUAGAUUUCGAGAUGAUCAGUCGAUGGCUAAGGAUCAUGCAUUUGUUCCUAAUUGAGCUUGACUGCGGAAAGUUCCUUCCUCCCACUGCACAUAAAGUAUUUGAAUCAAUUCAACUUUUAUUUCCACUGGAUACCGAAUUAUUGACAGAAAUCUAUAAGUUCUGUAUCAUUUGCGCUGCACAGACAAAGAACCAGCCACUUUCCGAGAUCGCUUUGCAGAAUAUGUUGUCUAUUUGUGAAAAUCAGGUCAAAAAAGAGGAUUUACCACAGCUAUUCAUACUUUCCAAAGAUAUAUUCCACCUUGUUGA